AUGACUAUUGUGGCCCAAUUAUCACACCUUAUUAUUUUAUUACUACCUAUUGAAAUAUGUGAAGCAAUAUUGUUAAUAAACACAACAUUACCAAUGCUACCCGGUAUGGAUGUGAUGAGUUCAAAUAAGGAAUUACACAUUGGUAUCAUCGAACGAGUAUCCAAAAGUGAAUUCAGUUGGCUCAGGCGUCGACGUCAAAUUAUUGCUGGACCAUUAUAUGAAUGGCCAUCCAUAACAAUCCCCUAUAUUAUAUGGGGUGGAGAUUAUGCUUUUCGAAAUCUUAUCCGACGUGGAAUACGUAUGUGGGAAGAAGCUACAUGUUUAAGGUUUCAAGAAAAUUUGCAAGCAAGAGAUGCAAUCAGAUAUGUACUUGAACGAGGUGAUAGUUGUUUCACAGAAUAUAUUGGAAGAAAUGGAGGAUAUCAGGAUAUCAUCAUAGGGAGCGAAUGUGCCGAGGAAUACGUUGUGGCACACGAAACAGGACAUGCACUGGGCUUCUGGCAUACCCAUCAACGGCCUGAUCGGGAUCGAUACAUCUCAAUCAACUGGAAAAAUGUUAUGGAUGAAGCUACAGCAUCUUUCAUGCCAUUUCGGAGUAUGCUUCAAGCAUUUGGUAUUAGACAAAUAUCACCUCGACGUAUACCUUAUGAUUAUGGUUCAUUAAUGCAUUAUCAUGCUGUGGCGCAUGCUGUCCGUGUAUCUGAUUUCACUAUUGUUCCCAAGGAACUGAAAUAUGUAACGACUAUGGGUACCGAGAAAAUGGCUUUUUUGGAUGCCAAAGUGAUCAAUGAUAUCUACUGCUUAAAUGCUUGUGCAGGUCGACGACUACGGCGUUGUUUAGCAGGAGGUUACCCAGAUCCAAAUAAUUGCAAUCGAUGUCGAUGUCCAGAGGGUCUAGGUGGCUAUGAUUGCAGUAUAUUGCAACCAUCGACAUGUGGUGCUGAAUUACAUGCAACAGAUAAAUGGCAAACAUUAACCAGUCCAAAAGGUGGAAAUAUCGAUUGUUAUUGGAGGAUAUCGGUUCCGGCUGGAAAUCGAGUACGUUUUCGUCUUAGUGACGGAGAAUUUCCAUGCUCAUACGGGUGCCAAUCAUAUGUAGAAAUUAAGCAUAAGCUUGAUAUUAGGUUGACUGGUUUUCGAAGUUGUUGCUAUCGACCAAAAGAAGAUUCUAUAUCAGAGAGUAAUCAAAUUUUCGUUAUCUUCCAUCCAAAUGGAAAAAUGGCAAGAUUCACUCUUCGAUAUAUCAGACAACAAUUAUAG